AUGAACAACACGGGCAGUGGCAUCUACACAGAGGAUCAGAUGCGAAAAUGGGACGCCGUUGUUCGCUAUGGGUGGCCGACCGUCAUAAGCAGCAGCACCUGGGCCAUUGCCGUCGCUCUCAUUACCCUCCUUUACCAGGCCGUUGCAGUCCGGCUUUUUAGACCCUACGCAAUGGGCUUGUUUUGGCUUCUGCCCGAGCACCAUCACGCGUGGGAUGUUGAUCAGGUCAGAGUCGCAAUGGCAAAUACUAUGAGCCCCCAGGCUGCGCUGGUCAGCACGCCCGCAUACCGAUGCCUGGGAUCUACAAAGUGCAAACCAGCCAAAGGUGUUUCAAUUCUUUGGCUAUUCGGCGCACUGGUGCUUACAGUGGUGCCAAUAUUCCUCCCUCUGCUCUUGGCUCGGAGAAUACCCGUUGUGCAAGGGGUUCCCGGUUCGAUCGAAAAUUGCAGUCCGCUGCUGAACUAUAGCAAUUGGAUGGCCCGGUCCCAGUACGAUGGAUUACUCUCCUGGGAUAUGCUCCGGUUUGCCGACACGCACGCAUAUAACUACAGCGGAUCAAGUGCUUCAGCAGUUGGCCUUUCAAACGACAAGGAUCGCGUGGCAAUAUCUUCAGAGUGUCCAGACUGGGCUCCAGUCUGCGACCGAAACAACUCUUUCCGAGUCGACGUCAACUACUGGGUGAAGCAGUCCGAGGUGGGGAUUGGCAGCAAGUCUUCUUCUCGUCAUGCCGAAUUUGGUGUGUUGACUACCUGCUACAAACCAGAGUAUCGCAGGAAGUUCCUGCGAAUAGAGGAAGACGGGACGAGUACUUAUGGAUUACUAUACGGCAGCAGCAGCAGCACUGGCGGAGAUGAGUACGUCACUGAGGAGUUUAACCUCGAAGAGAGGUUUUGCUAUGGGUACGAUUUGUUUGCCCACUUCAACUCCAGCGGGCCCUCUAAGAUCUCCAUCUGGGAACCCAACAAUACCCUGGCCCAUGACGGCGAUCUCACCAUCUUGUUCUACCACAUCCGUUUGAUACUAAGCCCGACUACGAGCGAUGAUCCUGUGUUUGCCACCAACAAUACUCAAGUCGGCGGGCGAUAUCGAUACAAGCGAGCUAUUGUACCCAUCAUGUGCAACACCAGCUACGCCUACUGCCCGGGAGGAAGAGAGAGCUGCAUAUCGCUAGGAGGCAACGACGGAGUCGGCGAAUACAUCAACAGCUCGAAAUCUCACGAAGACAGAAACUUGGGCUUUCUCGAGCUUAUGUGGAUAAACACAUGGUUUCCCUUGCUUUCCAUCAUCCCUGGCAGCAGUGAAUCCGUCUACGCGAGUCGCACCCUUUCUCUCGGAUCAACACAGCUGGCUCCUAGGGAGAUAAGCGGGCAUGCCGAGAUUGUACGGUUGGCGCUGGCAAGCCGCAUGGUGCUCCUAACAUCUGCCACCCGAGCAGUGUCAAAUUGGCGCAACUAUGUUUCGUCAAAGCUCCCCGUGCGGGCUGUCGAGGCAACAGCGCAACAACUGGAGACCUGUCGGCUGACGUUGAUGGAGUCGUCUGGGAAGAUCACAACUUCGGGCGUGUCAAUCCUUGUCGUCGUUCUCAUCGGCUGUGUUCUCUUUCUACUUACCUUUAUUGGGCCCUUGUUACGUCUUAUCUUUUGGAAGCAGAUGUGUGUCCCAAUGAUUCGGUGGAGGCUACGAACAGCACCACAACUUCAUCGGAUGACGGUGGAGCGUGGAGAUCCGAGUCGUUUUUGGCCUGGGGGCGCGACGGACGAGUGGCCUACGGGAAGAGAUUCUGUGGAUCAGGUAGGGUUGGUUGAGAGCUAUUCGGGAUAUCAUGCUGUUUAUCGACCCGAUGCACGGUUGAGAUACGUUCCAAAGAGUGAGUUGAGAUCUACGGAUGAGGUUACAUGUGCUGAGGAACAUGGUAUUCUAGACUGA